AUGUGCUUGGUGAUUAUAGUCCUUUGAUAAUUAUCCUUGUCAGAAAUAUUUAUAUAGGCUAUGCAUCUGAGAGCCUGGACCAGAGCAAAGGCAACUCAGGAUGCCUUAUGCUAAGGAAGAUCCCAGUGUGACCUUGCCUGUCAAGAAGGAAGAUGGGCUUGAGAUUUCCUUGCCAAGGCGUGUCAAGGAGGGAGAGUAUAUCUCUUCCUGGUGGGGCGCAUUGAUAGGCAAAGAUAUUUUCGCCUGGAUCGAGUCCGGUCUCGAUGAUGAUCAUGGAUGCGCGAUCGUGAGGGUGACUCUGUACGCCUCUUCCUCAUUCUGGGUCGGGCAUGGGGUUGAGUUGGCACUUGGGCACGGGAGCUUGCUCGCGAGGCCUUUGAGAGUGGCUGAGGCAGCUGCAGUGAAGUUGGCGAAGGAAGUGUCUAGCGAUGGAGAAGAGCAAGUGCUGACCUGUACAGAGGUCAAGCGUGUUGAGGAGUUUGUGCUUCCGUCAGCGCCACUACGGGUCAUCCUGCCCGAGUUUCUCAUUGAGAAGUGUUUUGGUGGACAGUCGAGGAUAUUGGCAGCAGCUGACGCCGCUUUGAAAACACGGGAAUGGGGGAGUGGGUGCUAUACAUGCGAGCUGGUAUACGGAUUGUAUCUGGACCUAAGGUUUUCUCCUCCUAGUCAGUGGCUCAGGAGCAUGGCUAAUGUGGUCGACGCAUAUGCUAGUUCCCAUGACCCAGAUGAGGGAGUAGGAGACUGGGAUGAGAUUCGGACGGCCAUCAGCGUCAUGGCGGAAGAGAGUGGCUUUGCCAAGAUCCUGCGUUGGAGGAAUUCGUGUCAGAUGAAGGUGUUGUUGUGCGAGGCACUGCGAGAGUCGAUGCCGCCAGACCUCCGUGCUUUAUUGUUCCAAGGAAGGAACUUGUCUGACUUCCUACAUGACUUUCAGGGCUUCAGCCUUAUGAAGAAGUGGGACGAGAGGGCGAUGAGGUGCAUGUUCUCGCUGUUUGUUUGUGGAAGACUAAGUGAGGAGGUAUAUACCGUCAAGCAGGAGUCAAAAACGUGGGAUGAAUUGGUGCGUUCCUUAAGGCUAAGAUUCCUAGAAGAUGGAAUAGAAGGCCCACGUGGGGAAUGCUUUGUGCCACCAGUUGCGGACGCACCAUCGCAGGCGGAGUUAAGUGGGUUACAAAGACAAGUAGGGGUAUUGGAGGAGAGGUUAGCACGGCUAGAAGAGGCGAGGAAGGGUAAGCGGAAGGUUUCAGAAGACUCCCCAAGUAAGUCGGCUGGCCAGGGUGAAGGAGGAGUAGAAAAGGGUGGCCAGGAAUCGCCCCUCUCGAUAGGAACCCCAAAGAGGCAAGCCAGUGUUCAGGCGAGGGACAGAGGCAAGAGAGAGGAUGAGAUAAAGGAGGAGCGUGGACCUCUCAAGUUGACAAAGGCGCAGCGGAAGGCGAGGAACCUCGCUCAGGGCGGUCAAGGUACCGAAAAGGGACAGAGUUCGCAGCAAGUAGCGGCUACCCCGCAAGAGGGGGAAGGGGAGCCAAGACCAAGGGGGCCUCCUCUGAUCGAGCAAGCAUUACAUGGGCAGUGGACGCCGGGUAACCGAAUGAACUUGUGGCCGGCACACAGUCCUUAUAUGUCCUCGGCACAAAGCAAUUAUAUGAGCCCUUGGACGAACAUGAUGCCCUGUGGGCCCCCGCCAGUCCAAAUCCAACCCGUCGGACCGUUGUGGCCACCGAUACAGCAAGCUUCGCAGGACAGUAUGACAGUUGGAAGGGGCCGAGGAGAUGGAGGGCGUGGCACUACAGGCUGAGGAGAUGGCGAGCGUGACACUACGGGCCGAGGAGAUGGCGGGCGUGGCACUACGGGCCGAGGAGAUGACGGGUGUGGCAAUACGGGCCGUGGAGAUGGUGGACGCGGCAAUAGAGGCCGUGGGAAUGACAGGCAAGGCGCCGAAGGUCGCGGCAGGGGCCAGCGAAACCAUAAGUGGGGCUCAAAGAAGAAAGGGGCAUGAUGAUGCCGAAUGAAAUGGUCAUUAGAGU